CGAGGUUUCCCCUCGGUGCUGUGGCUUUGGGCUUGCUGUGUGCUUUCUGUUCUUCCUCUGCACCUGAGUUGGCUUUGUAAACCAAAUUGCCAUGAAGACACCAUUGGUUUGGGAGAGCUCCUGCCAGCAGCUGCAGCUGCAAAAGGGGGUGUCUGCAGCCAGCGGGGCGUGCACAGCAUUUGCAAUGAGCCCUGGGGGGUUCUGUUCCCUCAAGCUGGGAGUCUGUGGCAGCAGAGCCUGGAACUCCCUCCGUUUGCUGGUGCAGCCAAGAACUGACCCAGCCCAGUAUUUUGUGCUGUUCUCUUGCUGUGUGAAGGGACUGUGGCUCCUGCAGGGACGCUGUGAAAGCAAAAUGCUCUCUCGGGGUUGCCUUGCUCCGUGGCAUUUCCCACCACAGGCAGUUUUUUCCCUGACAGCAUCUGGUUCAUGUUCCCUCUUCCCUUGCAGGGCACCUCAUGUGUGGAUCCCGAGCAGCUCCUCCUUCGGGAACAGCGUGAGCCUGGCGGAGCCUGCCGAGAAAUUCCUGGAAGUGGAGCAGAUUGGCCAAGGGGCUUUUGGAACCGUUUCUAAAGAACUCGACAGGGCCACAGGAGGAGAGGUCGGUGUCAACGCGCCCAGCACGUCUGGCAGCUCUCCAGGGCUUUCCCCUCUGCUGGGAGCUGUGGCUGCAGCUUUGGGGGCCAGCAGAGCUUUCCUGCACAGGCUGCUCCUCUGAAGGCAGAGCAGUGUCAGCCUGCAGAGCACAGCUGGGACAGACUUGGUCCUUCUGAAGUGCCCAAAGGAAUGCAAGGAGGGCAGCGGUGUCUGUCAGAGCAGGACACGCUGGCUUGGUCUUCAUAUCUAAAAGUGUGAAUGCAUCAGUGCUGGAGACUGAGGCCCAAUUUAUCUUCACCCCAGCCUCAGACAGGAACAUUAUUUAGCAGUUUUUCCAUCCUGCCUUUGUAAGAGCCCGUCUGAAGCCCCUCAUUUUCCAUUCUUCCUUCCGAUUGCCGCGAGAAAGAAUCCCUUCCCCCUCUGCAGUUCUGGCUUAGAACAGGACACAGGGCAGGUGGAACCACUGAACCGUCAUGCUGGCUGUUCCGAACAAGGCCUGGCAAGAACUUGGCAAGGAGUUGGCAAGGACUUGGCCAAGACCUGACAUGGACCCAGCACGGGACAGCCUGAUGCGCGGCCUGCUUCUAAUCUCCGUUCUUAAGCCGAAUGAAUUUUUGGGCUGACUCCCGUGGUCCUUCAUUGAAGACCCCUCGUCUGCCUCAUUACCACUGUGACAAACAAAGAAUGAGAACCCUCCUCCCAAGGACUGAGACCCCUACUACAGGGAGGAGGGGAAAUUGGUGGUCUGACCACUAAUGACAUGACCUGUUUCCCUUCAGUAAUUUCAAUGGAUUUAUUCUUCAUUUUAUACGUCUUGCUUUGGUGGUUUCUGUGGACUCACCUGUUCCCUCGUGGUGAUUACAAUGGACUUUCAUUGUUACACUUGUUCCCCCCUCUUUCCUCUGUGGACUAUAACUGGACCCCCGAGUCGACCAGAACUUCGAAGACUUCCCCGACACGACAGACGAAUCCCCAUCGUCUGGACCACUGAGGAUCUCGCCUGUGUUGGUAGCUAUUCCCAUACCCCUCUUCACUCUCUCUCUCUCCUUUUAUCUCCUUUCCGAUCCCCACUAUCGCAUUAGUUUUGGCCCCCAAU